ACCCAUCUCAUCUCUCUUCACUCCUCCCUUUUUUUCUUCUUUUCUCCACUUUUCCUCCCAACAUCCCAUUCCUGCUUCCCCCUGCGCGUUGUGCACUAUGGCGCCGCGCCUUCACGCGCCUGUACACGUGGCGCUGAGCCUGGCCUCCGUGUGCGCGUUAUGCUGCGUGUCUCUGGCUGCGGGCGGUGCGGGAGGCUCGACGUCUCUCUCCGGCCUGCUGCCGCCUUACGACGAGCUCUAUUACCGCGGAGUGCGGGCGUAUUUCUCGGAGGACUGGGAGAGGGCAGCCGAGUACAUCGAGCUGUCCAUAUCGACCCGGGAAGCGCUGCGCAAGAUCAGGCGAAAAUGCCACGACGAGUGCGCAACUGCGGGGGACAAGCUAGUGGCCAGACUAGACAAAGAAAAAGGCAGCAUGUGGGACCUGUUGGUAUUGGACUGGAUCCAACAGCGAGCGGAGUGUUUACGGUUCUGCUUGGGACGAGGCGUCAGUCCUGCUGGUCAGCUUCCUGUAUCGUCGGACAUCGAGUAUGAAUAUGGGACUCGGAACACUUACAACUUCCUGCAGAUUACAUAUUACGAGAUGGGUAAGCCGAGGAAGGCUGCUGCUGCCGCUCACACAUUCUUCAUAGCCAACCCGAGCCACCUGGAGAUGAGGAACAACAUUGAGAAGUACAGACGUAUGGAUGGUGUUACAGAUGAUGACUUUCAGGACAGAGAGAGAGAACUGGAGAAACACUGGGAGCUCUAUGAUGCUGCUGUCACAGCUGAAAGCUCCUCUGACUGGGCCCGAGCCGUUGAGAGAUGGAAGGAGUGUGUGAACGAGACACUGAAGCAGACAGACGAGUGUAGAGCUCAGUGCGUGAUGGCAUCACAGCUCCUCCCAGAGGAGACAGACAACACAGAGGGAGUGUAUGAAAAAGCUGCAACCCUGUCUCUUUCUCUACUGGCAUGCAAACAAACGUGUGUCUCUUUGGUGUCCACCAGGCCUGGACGGAUCUCUCCUCAGGAAGAUUUUCUUCCAUUGCAGCUAGAGCAUCUCCAUAUUGCCCAGUAUAAAGCGGGGGACAUGAAGGGAGCGGUGCAGACACUGCGUUCUUUGCUACUUUUCUAUCCACAAGACACCGAAUCACUCAGUAACCUGCAGCUCUACUCAGAGUCUCUGGAGGGCGACACUGAAGCCCAGACUAUUGGCUCUUUACAGGAAAUUUCCAACUACAUCAACAGAGCUCUAGCAGAAAAGAAAUUGCUUUACUUUGGAGUGGAAAAUCUUGAUUUCAAAUUCUUCGACCCGGAUCUGUGGACACCGGAGGACAUAGUUCCUGAAGCCCUGAGGGAGAGCUGGAGAUCAGAGAGAGAGCAACUUAAUGAGAGGCUAAAAGAAGGAGAGAAGGCAUUAGAGGUGGAUGACAGUGGAUUCUAUGCUGGUGGUCCAGUUCCUCUGGUUGGUGUGACCAUUACGAUGGAUGAUGCAGUCCUGAACGGAACAAAUCGUGUUGUAUUGGACGGCGUUAUGUCUCAACCUGAAUGUGACACUAUAAUGCAGCUGGCAAAUAUUGCUGCAUCAGUUGGUGAUGGUUACAAGGGACGGCGUUCUCCACACACACCUCAUGAGAAAUUCGAAGGCCUGACUGUUUUAAAGGCCUUUAAGUUGGCGCAGGAUGGAAUGUUAAACGAAUCACACGCCAAGCUGUUACAUGAAGUAGGCGAGAGAGCCAGGACCCUAAUUCACUCCUAUUUCAGGAGCCACUCCGCUCUCUAUUUCUCCUACACACACCUUGUUUGCCGCUCCGCCAUUCCAGGGCAUCAGGAAGGAAGACUGGAUCUGUCUCACCCUGUUCACGUGGAUAACUGUCUAUUGGAGCCGGAGACAAGGCAGUGCUGGAGGGAAGCACCUGCAUACACACACAGAGACCUCAGCGCUAUUCUCUACCUGAACGAUGAUUUUGAAGGAGGAGAGCUCUUCUUUACAGAUAGAGAUGCCAAAACAAUCAAAGCCCGGGUGAAGCCCAGCUGUGGCCGCCUUGUUGGUUUUACUUCAGGACCUGUCAACCCUCAUGGCGUCACGGCGGUCACCGCAGGCCGCAGGUGUGCACUUGCACUAUGGUUCACCACGGAAAAGCGUCACAGGGACAUGGAACGAGAGGAAGCUGAAGCCAUGUUGGGAAUCAGCGUACAAAAAGCACAGGAGGAAAAGGAGGAGCAUGACAGCAACCACGCCCCUGCUCGGAGUGGGCGGAGCCAGACGCCUAAGGGCAGAAGCAAAGAGAGGGAGAGAGUCUCAACUGGAAAGGAUGAACUUUGAAAGUGAAUGAACCUCAG